GCGGCACCUAGAGCAUGUCCUCGCCGGGGGACCCGUGUCCCGCGGCUGGGGAGCAGCCAGGAGCUGGGCUGCCCGUGCAGGCGGCGGGAGGCGCGCUGCUGCUUUGCGGGCUGGCGGUCCUGCUGGGCUGGGUCUGGCUGCGCUGGCAGCGCGCAUGCGGCAUCCCCCCGGGGCCGGCGCCCCGGCCGCUCGUGGGUAACCUGGGGCACUUGCUGGUGCCGCGCUUCCUGCGGCUGCAGUUCUGGCUGGGCUCGGGCAGCCAGGCGGCCACGGUGGGCCGGCACGUGCACCUGGCCAGGCUGGCCGCUGUCUACGGCAACGUCUUCAGCUUCUUCAUCGGCCACCGGCUGGUAGUGGUCCUCAGCGACUUCCACAGCGUCCGCGAGGCGCUGGUGCAGCAAGCCGAAGUGUUCAGUGACCGCCCAAGGAUGCCGCUCAUCUCUAUCUUGACCAAGGAGAAGGGAAUUGUGUUUGCACACUAUGGCCCAAUAUGGAAACAGCAGAGGAAGUUCUCCCAUUCGACACUUCGUCAUUUCGGUUUGGGAAAGCUCAGCCUGGAGCCCAAAAUUAUUGAGGAGUUCAAGUAUGUGAAAGAGGAAAUGCAGAAGCAUGGGGACGCCCCCUUCAGCCCCUUCCCGGUCAUCAGCAAUGCUGUCUCCAACAUCAUCUGCUCCCUGUGCUUCGGCCAACGCUUCGAUUACACCAACAGGGAAUUUAAGAAGGUGCUGGAUUUCAUGGCUCGGGGCUUAGAAAUCUGCCUACACGGCCAUCUCUUCCUGAUCAACGUAUGCCCCUGGUUUUACUACCUUCCCUUUGGGCCAUUUAAGGAACUACGGCAGAUUGAAAGGGACAUAACCCGCUUCCUUAAAAACAUCGUUAAAGAGCAUCAGGAGUCUCUGGAUGCCAGCAACCCCCAGGACUUCAUCGACAUGUACCUUCUGCACGCGGAGGAAGAGAGGAAAGCCAGCAACAGCAGCACCAGCUUCGAUGAGGAUUACCUCUUCUACAUCAUUGGGGACCUCUUCGUCGCUGGCACUGACACCACAACCAACUCCUUGCUUUGGUGCCUGCUGUACAUGUCCGUGAACCCCGAUGUGCAAAAGAAGGUUCAUGAAGAAAUUGAAAGGGUCAUUGGUCGUGACCGAGUACCUUCCCUCACAGACAAGGCCCACAUGCCAUACACAGAAGCCACCAUCAUGGAGGUGCAGAGGCUAUCCAUGGUGGUACCACUCGCCAUUCCUCAUAUGACCUCGGAGAAAACAGUCCUCCAAGGAUACACUAUUCCUAAAGGCACGAUUGUUCUACCCAACCUGUGGGCAAUACACAGAGACCCAGCCAUCUGGGAGAAGCCAGAUGACUUCUGUCCUAACCGAUUCCUGGAUGAGCAGGGGCGGCUUUUGAAAAGAGAAACAUUUAUUCCUUUCGGGAUCGGGAAGCGGGUGUGUAUGGGAGAGCAGCUGGCAAAGAUGGAGCUAUUCCUGAUGUUCGUGAGCUUGAUGCAGAGCUUCACCUUUGCUCUACCUGAGGGAUCCGAGAAGCCCAUCAUGACUGGAAGAUUUGGUCUAACAUUAGCCCCACACCCAUUUAAUGUAACCGUCUCAAAGAGAUGAAGACACCACUGAGAAGAGAGGAGGGGACAGCGGCCAAAUCCGUGUCCUACCUAGACAGUCUUCCUGCUGCUCUGGAGCAUGGUCCCAGCAACUCAACACAGGAGAGGCUCCAGAGGAGAGACCAAGAGGGAGAGGGUGUCACACCACCGAGGCCUCUUCAGCAGGACUCUGCAGAGCUGGGGAUGCCCACAGGAAAGUAUGGAUGCUAGAUUUAGUUGUGUAGAUUCCAUCGGGAGGCAGACCUUCUCAUCUGUCAGCCUCUGUCAUCACAUCCUAAAGUGAGGGUAGCGAGAUUUCUCUCUCCUCACUUCUGAGGAGGACUGAACGUUUCCUGGCAUCUCUGCUGUUAGCAAAUGCUGGGCAAUUCAGGAGUAGGUCUGCCUUGAGAUCUUUCAAGGUCCUAGACAACAAGGAAGUGUGUUCAACAUGGACACUUCGUUAGAAAGGGAUGCAGACCUGAGUUAUACUGAGGCAGAGGUUUUUUCAUUUUAUUUUAUUUUUUAGUAUAGAUUCAGUGUCAGUUUCUUUGGGCAUGUCUUGUAAGUAUCUUUUUUUUUUUUUGUUUAGGGCUGUCUUCUUUACUUUUUAUAGAGCUAAGAUGAAUUGUCCCCUUGCCCAGUGUGUUGAGGAAAAGAAAAACAGCCUCUUGAGGUUAUUGUCCACAUGAGCACUGAGCCUGGCGCACAGCCCAGCUCCGCCCCGCUUAACCGAGUCCAGAGGCCCCGCUCUGCCUGGAAUUGGCCCUGGAUCCCGGGCUGGGGAAUUUGAUAAUGGAAUCGUAGAGCUGGUCAAGAAGAGAUUUCUCAUUCAGAUGACUCUGGGCCCUCCUCUCGUGUUGCAUCACCAGCCACAGUUUGACUGACUUGAACACUCUCCAAAACAAGAAGCCAUUUCUUGACAGGAGGACCCUCUAAUGGCUCCUUCAGGGGCCUCGUGGCAGUCUGGGAAUGUACUUGCCGUAAUGGUUGACUACUGUUGGCCUUCUGCUGCCAGGGCUGAGGAUGAUGGGUAGCAAAGCCAUCUCUCAUAGUCAACAGUGUACAUCUCAGUGUGCUUGUGUCUGGCUCCUUGCUCCCAUCCCCCAUGGUACUGGGAAGGGACCAUGGUGACGCUGAGCCUUUCUUAGGGAGGCUCUGUACUGAAUGCUUUGCUUGACUGUAUACGGCAUCCUCACACUAAGGGAGCUGAGGCUUUGCAAUGCCAAGGCCCAUAAUUAAAAAGUGCCAUCACGGGGUCUCCAAGCUACUCUACUUUGUGACUGGAAAGCACUUUCUGAGCCUCUCUAAGUAUUGCGCCCACAUGGUCCUGAAGCCUCGGUUGCCUGUGUUCCUCUUCAUCCCAGUUGACUCCUCGGGUCAGGCUUCACACCGCUGCCUCCUCACCAUGCCUUAUUCUUGGUAGAUGCCCAGGCAACUUGGGAGUGAGUUAGGGAAGGUGAUUAAGGGGAAAAGCCUACAUGUUUAUUACCGUCAGUUCAGGAUAGUUUUAAAAUACAGUAUGAUUUUCCCUACCUGUUUAAGCCAGUGUUUAAAAAUGUGCUAGACUAUUGUUUGUCAUGUGAAGUAACCAUGUUAGGGAAAUUUAGAGUGGUGCCUUAACUGCCAAAAACAUAGCACACAAAGACCUAAUAUGAGAAAAAUAAAGAUCUAAUAUGAGGAAAAAGGAAAAUGCGAACUAUUGUAUAACCAAGUAUUGAUGAAUUUUUUGAUCCUACAUUCUUCAUAUUUAUCCACCAUGCUGCUUUCCUUUUCAUAAAUUAUAAGCACUUUCAAAGCAGACGAGUGAAAUACAGGCUAAUCUUUAGGUAUCCUGAAGAUUGUUUCUGAGGCCUGCAUACUGAAUGUGUGGAGACUGAGGCAGUACUCCUUGUUCAGGUGGUGCCUGAAUGCAUCAUCCUGCUCCGUAAGCAGCAUAGUUUAACUGGACCUGAAGUUCCCGGGAUUUUUUUAAGCCUCGGCAUUUGCAAGCUCCUUACUCCUUGACUCCCACCUCGGUUUCUGGAACCCCUAACCAAAGACUUCACAUCGUACUUGAAAAGGACUUCUGCCGGACAUGAGAUGACGUCAGAAUCCCAAGUUUAUCCAACAGUAUAAUACCGUGCCUCAAGCUACUGCACUUUGAAGACCCUUUAACAUGCCCCGAUACAAAGGGCCUGUGCUUUUCCUGAACCUCCUGCUAUUUUACCAUGUUGCACUUCAUCUGAAACGUGAACAAUUUUCUAAGUCUAACGAGGUCUAGACCUCAACUUUGAUGGAGCUUUUGGUACUCUUAUUAAACCUUUUAUUUAAAGAA